AUGUCCACCGAGCUGCCCUCGGACCCCGAGGAGAGCCCGCCGGCCCCGCGGCCGGCCCCCCGCGAGGUCUGGAAGAAGGGCGGCCGCCUGCUGUCGGUGCUGCUGGCGGUGAACGUGCUGCUGCUCGCCUGCACGCUCAUCAGCGGCGGCGCCUUCAACAAGGUGGCGGUGUACGACACGGACGUGUUCGCGCUCCUCACCACCAUGCUGCUGCUGGCUCUGCUCUGGAUCCUCUUCUACCUCCUGGGCACGGCGCGCUGCCCCGGCGGCGUCCCCUACCGGGACGCGCACGCAGGCCCCAUCUGGCUCCGAGGUGGGCUGGUGCUGUUUGGGAUCUGCACUCUCGUCAUGGAUGUCUUCAAGACCGGCUACUAUUCCAGUUUCCUUGAGUGCCAGUCAGCCAUCAAGAUCCUGUACCCUCUCACCCAGGCUGUGUUCGUCAUUGUCCAGACUUACUUUCUCUGGGUCUCCGCUAAAGACUGUGUUCACACCCACCUGGACCUGACUCGGUGUGGUCUCAUGUUCACCCUCACCACCAACCUGGCCAUCUGGAUGGCAGCCGUGGUGGAUGAAUCCUUGCACCAGGCUCACUCCCACAGCAGUUCUCACAGCAACACCAGCCACACCCGCCUCGCUCUGGACCUGGAGCGUGCGAGCAGCGCGGUCGGGGGAGAGUGCUCCUGCGACACGGCGGUCUGCCAGAUCUUCCAGCAGGGCUACUUCUACCUGUACCCCUUCAACAUCGAGUACAGCCUCUUUGCCUCCACCAUGCUGUACGUCAUGUGGAAGAAUGUGGGCAGGCUGCUCGCCUCCUCCACGCACGGCCACAGCCACGCCCCUUCCCCCCUCAGCCUCUUCCGGGAGACCUUCUUUGCCGGCCCGGUCCUGGGCCUGAUGCUCUUCGUGGUGGGGCUGGCCGUGUUCAUCAUCUACGAGGUGCAAGUGAGCGGGGAGCGGGGCCGUACCCAGCAGGCGCUGGUCAUCUACUAUAGCUUCAACAUCGUCUGCCUGGGGCUCAUGACCCUGGUCAGCCUGAGUGGCUCGGUCAUCUACCGCUUUGACCGCCGGGCCAUGGACCAGCACAAGAACCCCACGCGCACCCUGGACGUAGCCCUGCUGAUGGGCGCCGCCCUGGGCCAGUACGCCAUCUCCUACUACUCCAUCGUGGCUGUGGUGGCAGGCACCCCCAGGGACCUGCUGGCGGCGCUCAACCUAGCCCACGCUCUGCUCAUGAUUGCUCAGCACACCUUCCAGAACGUCUUCAUCAUCGAGAGCCUCCAUCGGGGCCCCCCUGGGGCUGAGCCUCACAACACAGCCCCCAAGGAGCCCUGCCAUGGCCUGACCUUUGCCAACCUGGAUGCCCUCCACACCUUGCCCGCCUGCCCGCCCACCCCCAGGCUGGUUGGCCCCAGCCCAGCAGGACCUCAGGAGGCUUCGAGUGUCAUCGUGGCCCCCAGGAGCCACUGGAGACGCCGGUGCUUGAAGGACAUUUCCCUGUUUCUCCUACUCUGCAACAUCAUCCUGUGGAUCAUGCCCGCCUUCGGGGCCCGCCCUCACUUCAGCAAUACUGUGGAGGUGGAUUUCUACGGCUACUCCCUCUGGGCAGCCAUCGUCAACAUCUGCCUGCCUUUUGGCAUCUUCUACCGCAUGCAUGCUGUCUCCAGCCUGCUGGAGGUCUACGUGAUGUCCUGAAGCCCCGCUCGGGACCUCGGGAGGAGGGGCUCGGCUCAUGCACUCACCCAGAGAUCCCCAGGAAUGAACCCCAAGCUGGCAGUCACUGUGCCACAUACUCUCCAUUCUGGCCCCUGCACUGGCCCCAGAGUGGCAUUUUCACAAGAGUUAUUUUUCCAAGAUUAGUUUUUAGAUCACCAUCAGGACAUGCACAUUCACCCCAGCAUGAGCCUGGGGGGGUGGGGCCGCUGGGGGAGGAGGGCCCCUUGCUGCACCCCUUUCUAGGACCAGACAAGGUCCAGAAGCGUCCUUGGCUCUGGUU